AGAAAACAGCGCCAAAGAAGUUCAACGAAGUAAUUUCAACGCGAGUUGCUGUUAGAUUGUCAACUUUUCUUAUAUGCCACAAGAUACCAUGAUUAAGUGUGACAUAAUAAAGUUUAAUGAGAUAUCAGAAAUGUUUGAAUUAAAAAUUUAUUAUUCAUUUCAUGAGACUCCAUUUGGAAAAUGUUUGAUUGCUUAUACCAAUAUCGAGGACAAAGGAGAUGUAGUUUGUCAUUUAUCUUAUGAUAAUGGCAAGGAAAGUGAUGUAGUUCAGCACUUAAAGUCUAGAUACCCAGGAGCUCUAUUUAUUGCAAAUACAAAUGCAACAAAAAAGAUUAUCAAUGCAAUUUUCUAUCAAAAUGAAGAAAGCAAUAAUAUUUGUAUUUCUGUACUUUUAAAAGGGACAGAUUUUCAAAUGCAAGUUUGGGAAGCAUUGACACAAAUACCAACAGGUACAUUAUACACUUAUGAGGAACUUGCCAAAACAAUAAAUAAACCAAAAGCUGCUCGUGCUGUUGCUAGUGCUUUGAAAGCUAAUCAAAUUGGAUACUUAAUACCUUGUCAUCGUGUAGUUUGCAAAUCUGGAUGUAACAAAUUUAGUUGGUGUACUCAAAUAAAAGAAAAAAUGCAAGAAUAUGAAAAAACACUAAUGAAUAAUGGCUUAUAUUAAUUACACGUAAAACUAUUUUUGUACAUAAUUCUGUAUAAAUAAUAAUUUUGAAAGAAUUUAACAGUAAAAUAAAAAUAAUUUUAGUACAAUUAUAAAAUGCUAAAUAUAUUUAUGUUAAUUGUAACUUAGAAAAAAUAAAAGUAAGAUAUAUAACAAAUGUUUA